AAAAAUUCAAAUUUGAAGUUGGAUGGGUGCUGAUGAAAGAGUUGAUAGGCGAAGGGUACAUAUUACCCUUCUCUUCUAUUGAACGACACCACAUUUUACUGGUAAAUCAUGUAGUUAUUCAGUAUAACCCUUUUGAUAUGUCGUUUGUGUCGGCAUCCCAACGACACUCCGUUUUGUGUCCAACACCAAAGCGACGAUCGAACUCCAGGAUCAAAAGAAUGGAGCUCAGUAAUUGCCCGGGAUUCUGAUGGACUCGGUCCUGAUUUCUAGCUUAGAAACUUCAAUCACCCACUUGGAAGUCUUCAACAGCACAAGCACAUAGCUAAUAUCCAUGGGAUACAGAUUCCUCUGCAAGUCCCAUCUUUUCUCCGCACUCUCUUCACGCCAUAAAACUCUUCACCCAGCCCUUCUUCUUCGAUCCCUUGAUUCUCACUUGCACGAACCCCCUAAUACGUUUCCUGACUUUCCCGUUUAUAAUAUACCCAGAAGGUGGCAUCUCGGCCAUUCUCAUGGCCACUCUGACAGCCACCACCACCGAGCCUCUGGUGCAGAGGGCGAGAAAAUAUUCCGGUUGGGCCUAGCUGCUGAUAUUGGCUUAGCUGCUGGAAAAGCUUUGACUGGGUAUUUAUCAGGAAGCACUGCAAUUAUAGCCGAUGCUGCCCAUUCAGCCUCCGACGUGGUCCUUAGCGGGGUUGCUUUGUGGUCAUUCAAAGCUGGGAAUGCUCCUAGAGACAAAGAACAUCCAUAUGGGCAUGGAAAGUUUGAGUCUUUAGGAGCCCUUGGAAUUUCCUGCAUGCUUUUGGCAACUGCUGGUGGUAUUGCAUGGCAUGCCCUAGAUCUUCUUCUUGGAUUGUUGUCUGCAUCUCCUGAAGCAGUAAACCAUUCUCUGACUCAUGAACAUGUGCAUAGUCAAGAUGGUGGACAUCAUCAUGGAAUUGACAUGGAUCACCCCAUCCUUGCUUUGAGCAUGACUAUUUUAUCAAUUUCUAUAAAAGAAGGGCUUUACUGGAUAACAAAACAAGCUGGGGAAAAGCAAGGCAGCGGACUUAUGAAAGCAAAUGCAUGGCACCAUCGUGCAGAUGCCAUUUCAUCUGUUGUUGCACUUAUUGGGGUUGGGGGCUCCAUUCUUGGAGUUAAGUUUCUGGAUCCUCUUGCUGGACUUCUUGUCUCUGGAAUGAUACUAAAAGCUGGACUGGAAACUGGGUAUCAGAGUGUCUUGGAAUUAGUUGAUGCUGCAAUUCCAGCAGAACAUUUGAAUCCUAUAAAGCAAACAAUACUACAAGUUGAAGGUGUUAAGGGAUGCCAUCGCUUGAGAGGGAGGCGAGCUGGUUCAAAUUUACACCUUGAUGUACAUAUUGAGGUUGAUCCUUUAUCUAGUGUUAGUGCUGCCCACGGAAUUGGUGAAAAGGUUCGACAGGAAAUUCACAAGUCUUAUCCUGAAAUAGCUGAAGUCUUCAUACACAUAGAUCCUGCAUUUUUACACUUCUCUCCCAGUGUGAUGGGCUGGCAAGAUAAUAUAGAUAGUACUACAAAUAACAGAAAUGUUUCUUUGGAAGACGAAGACGUUGAAUUGAUUGUUUCGAACAUUUUCUUAUCAAGGUUUCCUGAGACUCUUCUGAGUUAUAGAAAAUGGAGGUUGAGCGCAUUACACGCCACUUUUUGCAAGGCAAGAUAUUGCUGGAAGUUGAGGUUUCCAUGCCCCCUAACAUAUUGAUACGGGAUGCGAUGGAAGUGGCAGAAGCGGCAGAAAAGUUAAUCUUGAGGGCAGCCUCAGAUGUCAUUCAAGUGAGCAUUCAGCUAAGAUUGGGACGGCCAAUUUCCAAGUUUGGCUGUGUGAAAUGUGAGUAAUGAGUAAAGCAACACUGAGGGUAGCUGCAAUACUAGUUCUCAUGUAACUGUAAAAGCAUAUACACGUUUUGAAUAAACUUUUCCCAGUCCCAGGCCUGGCAUAUGGGAUAUAGAAUAAUGGGUUAGCUGCAAUGCCAAUUCCAGUUUUCUUUCAGAAAAACAAAGAAGCUGCAGUUCCAGUUUUUAAUGACGGAGCCACUUGAGAUGUAUUUUGUUUUCUGGGGAAUACUUGAGAUGCAUAUUGCGAGGCUUUAUUAAGGACACUUUACUGAGUACAAGUACCAACUGUGCUCGAGGGUUGAACAUUCUCUUUUCUUGAAGUACUGGUUUCUCACAAGCUAUUUCAGUUUCAAUGGAUUAGUUGUCAAAACCAAAUAUGUUGUAUUUGAUAUUUACAAUUUUUAUUAACUAUUAAAACAAUCUCUAACGCAGCAUCAAAUUCCAUUUUUGCGUUGGAGUUGUCUUCCAGAACACCAUAAUGCAGCGUGAUUUUUAUGUUUUGCUA